CCUCCCCUGUUACUGUUCCGAGAUAAACAAUGGCCGACAAGAAGUGAUGGUUGUGAUACUUUGUGGACGCAAAAAAACAUGGAAAAGCAUGAAGAGAAGUCGAAAGAAAACUCACCCAUCAAUGCAGAUCACUCACCAUACAGCUUAGAACCUCAGAAUGGCAGCUAUGUCGGAUCUCACUCAGCUUAUGAACAUUAUUUAUUUGCUCAAAAGUCUGGUUACAUGUUACCUAGCAACCAGCAACUCAAAAGUCCAAUGUUUGACACUCAGGGAAUGUAUGAGAUGCAGAGUCCAGCGACCAUGUCCGACCCAAGCAUGUCCCCAUCACCUCCUCCCCCACCCAGAAUCUACAAGCCAUGUGUUGUAUGCAGUGAUAAGUCAUCAGGCUAUCAUUAUGGAGUUAGUUCCUGUGAAGGAUGCAAGGGCUUUUUUAGAAGAAGUGUUCAGAAAAAUAUGCAAUAUACCUGCCAUAAAGACAAAAACUGUGUUAUAAAUAAAGUUACAAGAAAUAGGUGCCAGUAUUGUCGACUACAAAAAUGUUUUGCCACAGGGAUGUCGAAAGAAGGUAUGGAAGAACGAGCUGUAAGAAAUGACAGAAACAAGAAGAAAGUGAAGCGACCAGAAGAAUGUACCCAGUCUGAAGAGCUGACGGAGGAUGAACAGCUGAUGUUACAGGAGAUCCUGGAUGCCCAUAAUGACACAUUCCAUAAACAGUCAGAGACAACGCUGUCAAGGGUACCUAAAAUCAAGACAAAUGGUGUGGACGCUGAAAAAGCGGAAAACAAAGAAGAAGAAGAGAAAGGGAAGAUAGAAAAGAUUAUGUUAUGGGAAAAAGUAACAGAACUGUCUUCGAAAGGAAUUAUAAAAAUUGUAGAAUUUGCUAAAAGGGUACCAGGUUUUGCAACGUUAUCUACCUCAGAUCAAAUCACGUUACUUAAGGCAGCUUGUCUGGAAAUCAUGAUAUUACGGCUUAGUUCUAGAUAUGAUGUUGACAAAGAUGUUUUGUCUUUUAACGAUGGAAUAACAUUAGAUCGUCAACAGUUACGUAAUGGCGGAUUCGGUUCGCUCACUGACACUAUAUUUUCAUUUGCAUCUUCCCUCAAAUCCAUGGAAACAGAUAGUUUAGAAUAUGCAGCUCUGUCUGCUGUGUGUUUAGUUAGUAAUGAUCGCUCAGGUUUAGAAGAUCCAGUAAAAAUAGAACAUUUACAAGAACCUAUAUUAGAAGCAUUAAAACAUUAUAUCCGACAACGGCGGAAAGAAUCGCCUCAUGUGUUUGCUAAAAUGAUAAUGAAAUUAACUGAUCUCAGGUCUAUAAGUGUGAAAGGUGCUGAAAGAGUAUUACAUUUACGAUUGGAAAUGCCUGAUGAAUUACCGCCAUUAAUAAUAGAAAUGUUGGAUAGAACAGAAAAUGUUUGUAUACCAUGACGUAAUCAAAAUUCUGCUGUUAGUGUUAGUACAUUUCUUCCAAGGAAUUCUGGGUAAUCUUGCAGUUGUCAGAUUUAUUCUAACAGAUAUUGAUAACAGUCGUGAGAUGGAUUACCUUAUGGUAUAUCUAAGCAAAGUGAUAAUUAUGUUCACAGACUAAUGUUUUGCAUUUGUGAACUGACAACCAUUGUUGUCGUAUACAUUUGAAGGAUAGAUUCUUCCCAACAACAGAAUGGUAACAUUUGAAUCUGUUUCAGGGAGGGAAAAAAAUCUCCAGUUUUUACUUCCUCGUUGCAGAGAGAUUAUUUAUCCCAGAUUACUAUUACUAUCAUUAUUAUACAUUCAUCUUGACUGUGUAUGCGAGCAAUUGAUGCAAAAGAUUUUUCAUAUGUAAAAUAAAGAAUAUUUGCAUAUUCAAAUGAAUUUGAUACUUAUAUAAAAAGAGAAUAAAAUAUUUGUCAGAUUUACAGUAUAUAUGCUCACACACACAAGUAAUUGUUUUUCUAUGAAAAUCUCAGGUUUUAUUUUCAUAUCACAAAUGUGGCUGUAUUAUUAUUUUAAAUUUGGAUUUUUUUUUUACAUAUUUUUUUUGUUCAGAAUUGAAAAUGUACAAUGUUAAAAAUAAUUUACAAUUAGAACCUGGAACUUUUAGUGAAAUUAGAAAUUUUUUUUACCAUUCAGAAAAGUUCAGAUUUUAAAAGGAAAUUUGCGCAAUUCUCAUUUGAAAAAAUGCAUGAAUUUGUCUCACUAAAAGAAAACUUACUGUGGAUUCGUUAUUAUAUGUGGGUUUUCAUUUUUUCGGGAUUUUGUGGGACCAUGAAUUUAAGUGUUCAAGGAAAUCCCAAUUUUCUAUAGGCCAGUAUCGAGAAUGUAUAAACCAUAAAAAUAUAUUUUUCCACAAUCCACAAAAGUUUGUAAUGAAUCUACAGUAAAUAAAUAUGGUCGGCCUAAUGAGAAUUUGUACUUGUAGAAAGGGACUUGUUCAAUCACUGUAUUUAGUAACUUUGUGUCUUGUAACUGAGUUAUGUGCAAAACUAAGGAAUAUCUGUGAUAUUUUAUGAUAUUUAGAGAACAAGUUAUAUUUGAUUGAAAUAUUAAGGGGGUACAUAUCCAACAAAGGGAGAUAAUUCGUUCUAUGUCAACCAAAUGUUUUUGUAACAGUUCAGUGAAUGUUAAGCUUCCUGUUGAAACAGACUGCUAUUUUCAAACAAAACAAUAUCUUCCUUUUUAACUGAUAUAUGUUUGUAAUUUUGUGACUCCAUUUUAAGAAAAGACAAAAACCUGUACAAUAGAAAUGUAGAUUUUUUUUAAGAAUAAAUGUUAAAAAAUAAACAAGGGAAUAUUUUACAAUCAAACUGUUUGGCAGUCCCUUAAGAAAUGUCAUUUUGAUACAUGUGCUAUUAAUGACUGUUUUUUUUUCCAAAUAUUUGAAAAUGUCUUAUGUGAAAUGUGUUUGAUUUUUUUUUAACAGUAACAGAAAAUAUUUUCAAUAAGUGGCAUUUGAUAGCAAAUUUUUUUUUAUACUAAAAUUCAGUGUACUAUCUACACUCUCAGAUAAAUUAGCUGUAAUAUGAACAAUUUUUUGCUAAAAUUCAGUUUACUAUCAACACACUAAAAUAGAUUAGCUGUAAAGUGUAAACAUUUUUUACUUCAAUUCAGAGUUCUAUCUACUCUCAAAUGUUUAGCUGUAAUAUGUGAACAUUUUUUACUUAAAUUCACUGGACUAUCUAUACAUUUAAGUAAUUAAGUUGUAAUGUAUAAACAUUUUUUAGUGCUAUGAUUUAUGUACUAAAAUUUAACAUUAAAUGUGAAAGUUGAGUUGUUUGUGAUAUGAUAAAUUAUGUACUAAAAGUAUUAAAAUGUAAAAGUUUAGUUGGUGAUAUUAAGACUUUUGUCUUGUGGCGACAUUGGUUUGGAUGGAAUUGUUUAGACUUUAUUUUAUUACAGAAUGGAAGUUCCUUGUAAAGCAGCUACUAUUAAUUUUGAGAAAAAAAAUGUGUACAUGCUUAUUUACUAUUGUAAAUGUCAGAAAAAAUAUUUUUUCAGUUUAAAAGUGAAAAGUUUAAUCACUACAAAAAGUUGAAAAAGAUUUAUUAUCAACUUUCAAGCUUCAAUAAAAGCAUCAUACAGUUCUUAUUUACAUUUUGGUCUAUAUUGGGCAAUAAAAAUUUUAAUAGCAUGCUUGUUUUGUCUGCAUUUCAAUAUUAGCUAUUAUACUCCAUCUUACAACAAAAACAUUGCAGAUUAUACUUGUACAUGAUGUUUUAUCAGAUAUCAUUGAAAAUAUGUUUCCAGUGCUAAGCAAAAAGCUGAAAUUGUAAUGAAAAAAGGAAUGUGAUAGUAAUAAAGUAUGAUUUCAAGAUUUUUGAUAUGUAGAUGAAAACUUCUUUUCUUACUUUUCAAGUGUUGAACGAGUUCUAAAAAAAAAAGCUGUUUACUUCAGAGAUUAUUACACUUUCACAGUUACAGCUUUAAUUUUUUUAAGAGCUGAUUUAGAUAUUUUUUCAGUUUGUGCUUAGGUCUUCCUGUUAGACAAAAUGUUUUGUAAAUUUUUGAUGGAUAUGAUUCUUCCUGAAAUUUAAAGUAAUAUUCAUAAUCAAAUGCAUUGCAUUUAAAAUAUGAAAUUCCCUUUCGAAAAACAAAAUGCUAUUGUUGCAAGAUGAAUUACAAAUUUUGAAAAAAAAAUUGAUUUUAGAUAUAUUAGCUUUUGUUUAUUAAAGAAUUGUUGACAUUUCCUCAAAAAGAUUUCUUAAAUUAUUGUCAUUUAUAGAAAAAUUUAAUCUGAAAUAAAACCAAUCUUUCAAGAUAAUAAUGAUCGCCAUUUGUCUUUCUCCAUUAUGUCCCAUCACCAUUUGUAAAAAAAUGCAAUUUUACAGAAAACUUUUCCACAACAUCAUGUUCAUACCAAAGGAGAAGGUAUAAUGAAGUAAUUAAUGUAAUUUUUAAAGAAUUGCGAAAUUUUACAAUUUUUGCAAUUUCAGGGGUCAAAUACUGGUUUCAUCAUACCUUCUCCUUUCCAGAGAAUGCCUGUAAAGAGUAUAACCUUAAUAAUACUGUUUUCAUCUAGAUCUGCUCAAAAAAAGAAAUUAAAAUUAAAGUGUUUUUUUUUAUAAGCAACCUUCAGAUUUUUCUUCUAAAUUGAUGUUUUUAAGAAGCAACUAUAGCAUCAUUCAGAAUAUUUUGAUAAUGAAUUCACAUAAAUGUUUGGAUAUUUUAAAAUGUAUGCUAGAUAAAUAAAUUUCCAGAACCUUUUAUGUACAUGUUAUAGAUAAAUUUGAAUCAUAGGCAAGUUAAAAAAAGGAAGGAAAGCAUUUGAACAUUGACCCUUUUAGAAUAUUGUUAUCUCUACUAUACUGGGGCAAUCUGUGACAUUCUAAAAUUGUAUUCAAUUAUAUUUUCAAGAAUGAAAUUUAAGAAUAUUUGACCUAUGGUUUUUAAUACUCUAUUGUAUGAGCUAGUUUUAUUUAUGUCUGUUGGUUGUGUAUAUAUAUAUAUAUAUAUUAAGUCUACAACUACCUCAUGGAAUAAACUAUAAUCCUAUA